AUGAGGUUGGAGUGGUCCUCGGCUUGUCUAGUAGAAGAAGAAGAAGGCUAUCAUAUUAGCGAUGAUAAAGGGACACCUACUAGAACCGUUAUAUGGACACCUUCCAGUAGUAUUGAUGGUCUUGUAUGCUUCUAUUCCUCCACAAGAGAAAUUACAGUGACAAACCCAGCCACGAGAUGGUCUUACAAGCUUCCUCGUGCCAACAUUCAAAUAGAGAAAGAGAAAAAUGACUCAGAGUUCCCUUUUCCAGGAUUUGGAAAAGACUACGUUACUGGAACAUACAAAAUAGUGUGGUUACAUAACACUAACAAGUACGACACCACUUUAGCAUGCGAGAUUUUCGAUUUUGGAGUCAAGCAAUGGAGGCAGGUGACUCCACCUCUUCCUGAUCAUCGCUUAAGCAACAACAACUUACCAACUUUUGCAAACGGAUGGCUUUACUGGGUCCACCUAGACCCGACGAAAUUGAUUGCUUUUGAUCUUCACAUGGAGAUGUUUCGAGUCAUUCCAAAUCCUAUUAUUGAGACAUUAUCAUCAUCAUCUGUGGUUGAUAUGGACUUCGGCAGCAUAGUCGAUGACCGUCGUCUUGUGUGGGCUUUGGAGACAACUCGAGAUGGCAUGCAACACGUUUGGAGGCUCACAAACCACAACACUGGAGGAGCAUUAUUGAAAAUGGACAAGAUGUUCUCCAUUGACUUGAACAAGAUUAACCCCACUUACUAUAUGCAUCCUGAUAAUUCUAAGCUCUUCCACCUUGAGGCAAUUUCGAAGAAUGGUAACAAGGUGAUGCUCUUUGAACAAUUCCAAGAUCCCCUCAUAUUUCAGCCCCUAAACUCUACAUAUCACAUCUUGUCUUGUUCUCCUCUUGGGGAAGAUCUCCUUAUUCCCUUUUUUCCAAGUUUAGUCUCUCCCUUUAUGAAUUAG